AUCUUACCACAGCACAGAUUUCGAGGUCCACCGCCAUUGGCUUGCUCUCACCCACUCUCUCCCUCUCUCUCAAUGGUACUCCGACGAGACCAGUCAAUGGACUCUCGAUUACCCCCCAUUUUUUGCAUAUUUCGAACGCUUCCUUUCAAUUUUCGCGGGUUUCGUCGAUCCCCAAAUUGUGCAUCUCCAAAAUGGUUUGGAUUACAACUCGAAUACCGUCGUGUACUUCCAGAGAAUUACCGUUAUUGUAUCCGAUUUAUGUCUUCUUUAUGGGGUUUUUAGAUUGACGAGGAAUUUGCAUCCUAUGAGGCGGAAAUUGAUCUGGGUUUUGGUUGUUUGGUCUCCGGCGCUCGUGAUUGUGGACCAUUUGCAUUUUCAGUAUAAUGGAUUUCUUCUUGGGAUGCUUCUGAUUUCUCUUUCGUAUUUGGAGGAGGGGAGGGAUUUGAUGGGUGGGUUUGUUUUUGCAGUCUUGUUGUGCUUCAAGCAUUUGUUUGCUGUUGCGGCACCUGUUUAUUUCGUUUAUUUGUUAAGGCAUUACUGUCGGGGAGGAUUAGUGAGAGGUUUUGGACGGCUUACAAUGAUGGGAUCUGUGGUUGUGGCAGUUUUUGCGGCAGCUUAUGGACCGUUUAUCUAUCAUGGCCAGAUGCAGCAAGUCAUUCGACGCAUGUUUCCUUUCGGCAGGGGGCUUUGCCAUGCAUAUUGGGCCCCAAAUUUCUGGGUUUUUUAUAUUUUACUGGACAAAGGACUGUCCAUUUUCCUUAGAAAACUUGGUUUUAGUAUCAAGAUACCAACGGCUUCAUUUACCAGUGGUCUGGUUGGUGAUUCAUCUCCAUUUUCUGUGCUACCUCAGAUCACUCCCUUGACAACCUUUGUUCUGGUGCUGCUAUCUUUGUCUCCUUGCAUAAUCAAAGCUUUCAAAGAUCCUCAGCCGCGGAUGAUCACUAGAUGGGUGGCCUAUGCCUAUACAUGUGGUUUUCUAUUUGGGUGGCACGUUCAUGAGAAGGCAUCACUUCACUUUGUAAUUCCGCUUGCCGUUGUCGCGGUGCAGAGUUUGGAGGACGCAAGGCAUUACUUCUUACUAUCAAUUGUGUCUUGCUAUUCCUUGUUUCCUCUACUCUUUGAAGCCCAAGAAUAUCCCAUAAAAGUGCUGCUAUUGCUGUUGCACUCCAUUCUGAUGUGGUUAGGCUUUUCUGGACAAUUUGACAAAGGAGAUUCAGUUAAACAAACCACAUCAAAGACGAAGCGACGACAAGUACAAACGAAGGGAAGUAUGACUGCAAUUGGAGAAGCGUUCCAUGUUAGAUUCGUCGAGAAGGUUUAUCUUGUCGGUCUCUUGGUAGUUGAAAUCUGGGCUCAGUUUUUGCAUCCUUUUGUUCUAGGUGGUAAGUUUCCUUUUGUACCACUCAUGUUGAUUUCUAUGUAUUGCUCACUUGGAGUCAUGUACUCUUGGAUUUGGCAGUUGAAAUGGAUUCUUAGGCCUCCUCCUAAUUGAACUAUUGUAGUUGGUUCUUCAUGUAUUCACACUCUACACUGAUCAUUGGUAGAAGUUUUGAUUUUCUUUUGAA